AUGAACUUAACUUUAAAGGACGUAAUUCAGUCAUCUUCAAAUGGAGAAACAUUUGUCAAAUUACCAGAAUGUUACAUUAGAGGUAACCAUAUUAAAUAUUUGAGAUUACCAGAAGAGGUAUGUUUAAGUCGAAGAUUCAUAAGAAUGAUUGUACAUAUAGCUCUUAUAUGGAUAACAUUUUUUUGACAAAUAAUGAUUCGGGGGAAGUUUUACUAACAAUAUAUAGAUUAUGGAUUAUGCCAAAGAACAAAAUAUCUUGAAUAUGGAACAAAGAAACAGAAAUCAAAGGAGAAGAACGGGAGGUGGAAACUACAAUAACAGGAGAAACUACAACAAUCAAAAUAAUAACAGAAAUGGUGGAUACAAUAACCGUCGUCAGAACCAAAACCAAAAUCAAAGCCAAAACCAAAAUCAAGGACAUAGUUAUAGUAGUCAUGGUCAUGGACAAGGUCACGGACAAGGCCAAGGUAAUGGUGCUAACCAAAGCAAAUUUUAG